AUGAGGCUUGACAACCAGCUCUCAGCCAGGCUCCUGGACGAAGACCACGAAGACGGCGACUCGUCUCCUCAACAACACCACCUUGGUGCAGACGGCUCUCUUGGCGAAGGCCAGCCAUCGUCGUCGGCCACUGGCUCCGCUUCUGCAGAGGACCACCAGCACGCGUCUGGGAAGCAUUCAGCGCCUGCUGUUACAGACAGCGCAUCAACAGCAGAAGCGGCGACGGUGGUGCCUGAUGUGGCGUGCCGGAGGCGAUCGGUGGCUGUAAGGAACCCCAAAGAAACCAACCAGCGCGUGAGCAGCCGCCCGGGCAAGCUGUGGCGUUCUCUCAGCGCCACCAGCAAGGAGCCGUACCAGCGCAAGGCGGCCGAAGCUGCCGCGGUCCACCGAAGAAAGUACCCGGACUACGUGUACAAUGCGCGUGGGGCCCGCCGGCGCAAGGAGCAGCAGCACAGGGUCAAGGAGGUUGCCGGCAAGCUCAGGAACGACGGUUCCGGGGACCAGGAGCAGCAGCCGAGUACUUCCACCGUCCAGGGUCAGGGCGCCUCGCAGUUCCAUUAG